AUGAGCUCUGUUGACAGCUCCAGUCUCAGGCAAACAAGCGAGACAAGUUCUCCUAACACUAUGUUUAGUUUCGAUCUAUCUGGGCGCGUGUCCAGCCAUUAUGAGGGUGUUAAUGUGAACGGGAUAUUCUCUUGUCCCGUCCCCACGACCUCUGUUCAACGGGAGGAGAUGAAAACUAGCCUGCGUGGCAAUACGGAUACUCCACUCCCGUCAGGACCACAAAUAACCAUGGUCUCCAGUAGCUCGUCCGUGGACGCCAGCGGGCUCAGCUACGGCAGCAGUAAGCUGCUCGGACGUGGGGCUGGCAGAGACCCGGAGAGAAGCGCAAAAUCCGGCGGCAACAUGGGCCAGGAGAGCGACAGAAACGCGGAUAACACGCAGUCCGUGAAACGAAACACAAACGUGAAUCAGCCUGAGGACAGUGAGCAGCGACCACAGAUUUAUCCAUGGAUGACAAAACUGCACAUGAGCCACGAAUCGGAGGGUAAGCGGUCCAGGACCAGUUACACCCGCUAUCAGACUCUGGAGCUGGAGAAAGAGUUUCACUUCAACCGGUACCUGAGCCGCCGCAGGCGCAUAGAGAUCGCCCACACUCUGUGUCUAAACGAGAGGCAGAUCAAAAUCUGGUUCCAGAACAGACGAAUGAAGUGGAAGAAGGACUCAAAAAUCAAAGUGAAGGAGUAA